UGUAUGUGCGGAUGAUUCAGCAGCUCGUGCAGCAGCUCGUCCUCUGCACACGUGCAACACGGAUGAAAAACGAACCUUUUUUUUAAAUUUUAUUUUCAUAUCAAUCCACCUGUCGGGGAACCCGUGCAGGUGACACACUUUGCUGGGAGACCCCGUAGUGAUCGGUACAGCUGUGACAGGCCGGAGAGCAGCAGAGAAAACACCGCAGGAGACGCGUCGCUCCUCCUCCUCUUCCUCCUCCUCCUCCUCCUCCUCCUCCCUCUGGAUCUGAUCUGUGUUUCUUUAUUUGCAUCAGGACUUUCACCGGCUGCUCUCGGGAUUUAACCAGCACUCAUCCUCACAGACAUCCAGCCCGGUUCAUUCAACCACAUCUAAGUCUGCAUUUCCGCAUUUUCUGACGCCUGAUGCUCGUCCAGCCUGCAGCUCUUCGUGCUCAGUGUCUCCAUGGUGAAGUGGGCGGGGUCUGAUGUCAGCCCCUCCUCUAGUCGCCCCUCCCACCAUGCCCACCAUGGUCUCCAGGCUGCCCAAGUUCGGCUCGAGGCCCAAAUCCGACCCACUUUCCAACAGCGCUCAGACGAGUCUGGCCACCGCCUCCGCCGCGAGCGCCAGCACCCGCCUCACCAACGGGUUCUACCACCACCCCGGCCCGGCAGGGAUCAACGGGGGUCCGACUGCGUCCCCGACUUCUGUUAAGCAGAACGGAUUCAUCCGAGUGCCGACUUCGUUUUCCAUGAAAUGGAGGAAAGAAAACGAGACGGCGGAGGACGGAGGAUCCGACCGAGAAAAGGAGUUGAGACGAGGAAAAGGUGGGAACGCUGGACAGAAUCAGUCCGAUAACAACAACCAUCAGUAUUAUUCCCAACGGACGACGGGAUCACCGAUGGUGUCACAGCGUGACGCCAAGAAGACGACCACGUCCUCCACAGUGAAGGGGCAAAGCCUUGCCCCGUCUGUGACAUCAUCAUCACCAUCAUCACCACAGCCCAGCCCCAGAACACUUCCUGUCUCUAAAAGUGGACCUCUCGGUGGUUCCAAACCGAGCCAAACUGCAUUCGGGUUGAACAACGGCACAAAGCAGACCCUGAACGGUCUCCCUGGAUCCAAACCACGGAGCGGAACCAUUGGUUCUCUGCGACAGCUUCACAGCUUGGCUCGACCAGGUGGUUCGAGGCCCGGUUCUGGUCUCGGUUCUGGAUCUGAAUCCCCGCUCCAAAAGAAACCGCCGGCCAGCCGCUCCCACUCCAGUGACAGCCUCAGCUCUCCUCUGUCCAUCAAACUCAGUGAGGGCGACCGUUUUCGGUCACGCAGCCUGACACAGGUCCGACGGCAGCCCUCCCCCACCCUCACCCCUUCCUCCUCUUCCUCCUCCCCCUCGAUCAAUCGCAACCCCACCGGUACCCGCUCAUACUCCAUCAACAGGGCUGCCGGGCGAGGAGCGUCCUCCGCUCAGGCUCCGCCCAGAGGAAACUUGGCAAAACCCUCCGGUACCAGCCAAACUCCCGAGGGAGGAGGCAGAGGGGGAGGGGUCAAAAGGUCAGCACCCCCUCCCCCUGCCCCCUCCGCCUUAAAGAAGCCCCUCCUCUCCAGCCUCAGCCCCGCCUCUAAGCCCAGCGGUAUCAGCUAUAAACUGUCGCGGCCGUCGCUCAUCAAGCAGUCCCGCCCCCUCAGAGUGACGACAGCCAGUGAGCAUGGAGGUAAACAGGAAGUGAACCGAGGACUGACGGCACGGAGAGACUCGGUGGAGACGCCUUCUACCACAGAGAACAGCCCAGAGAGUUCCCCAGAGGCUCCAGAGAGGGAUGGGCUGGUAGCCCAGGGAGAGGUGUCUAUAGUCGGGGAGACGCUGGAGGACAUGUCCCUGUCCUCCAACUCGUCUCUGGAUAGAAAUGACACCAGUCAGGAGUACAUGGACGACUUUGACAACCUCGGAAACGGAGGGGUGGGCAUACUGCUUCUCUCCUCCAAAAACGACGAAGAUGACUCGGGGCUCGACCAAUCAUGCGCCAGGUUUGAUGAAGACAAGGUGGCCAUCAGCGACGUCACCAAGGCAGCAGGUCUCUGUUUCCUUGACGACGGCGUGGACUGGGCCGGCAUGACACUUAGUGGGGAUCGAGGGGAGAACCGGUUGAACCAAGUCCCACAUCAAAUGAGGUCCAGUCAGCCGGACUACCUUGAGCAGGGCGGUUCGUCUCUGGACUUGUCCCCCUCAGACAGCUGUGGUUCUGGGGGAACCUACAUGUGGGACGAGGAGGGCCUGGAGCCACUGGGGGGUGCCACCACCGCCUCCAUCCACACCUCCAACAGCAACACCACCCAUCACAUCGGGAGCUUCGACUCCGACCUCAACAGCAUCGACGUCUUGAACAACCUGGACUCUUGUGAUCUGGAAGAUGACGACCUCAUGCUGGAUGCAGACCUCCCAGAAGACGCCUCACUGCACAGCGAUGGAGACGGGAUAGCACACAUGGCUCAGUGGAGGAUGAGACAGCUCUGCUGGGGAACACAGGACGUCCACAACGACAAUGAAAGUGACUUCCAGUGCUACAAGCUAACCGAGGAUUCUGGGAAUAAGAGGACAGGCGGGACCGGGGACAGCGACCUCAUUCUGGACCUCCUUCCUCCAAGGUCCCCCUUCCUGUCUCCUGGUUCUCCUGGUUUGGGUCUGGAUGUGGAGGAACUGGCUGAAGACUGUUCUGCAGUCAAAUCUCAGCUGGAGUACCUGCAGAGGUUACUGCUUCAGGAGGAUGAUGUGGACGAGGACACUCUGACCACAGAAACUCUGAAUCCUGAGACCAGUGACUCCUCCCACAGCUCCAAAUCACAGGUGCAGGAUCUCCUUCAGGAGGUACAGCAGCUCAGAGAGGAGCUGAGAGGCCGAGACCGAACCAUCGCACACCUUACCCUGCAGCUGGCUGUUCCGAUGGCGACCACCGGGUGUCGUUGCCAGGAGACGACGGGGAGGACGGACCGGCACACGCAGACGAGUGUGACGGAGAGAGAGAGCGUGGCCUCGCAGACGCCGUGGAGAGAGACCGCAUCACAGAUAUUUCACGCCUCCAGCGAGGACGACCAGGAACCAGUGACGCUCCAAGCUCCGCCUCCAGCUGACCCUUGCUCCGCCUCCUCCCGACCCCAUAUCCCCUCCGAUGACCUCCUGGCCCGCCCCGCCACCGCCACCACCACCACCACCGCCGACCACAUGACAGAGAUAGGCAAGGAAGCGAGGAAAGAGGAAGAAGGAGACAGGAAGGAGAGGAGGAGAUCAAACAACAGAUCCCUGCAGCCGCCCCAGCCCUCCAAGCUCCACCUCCUCAUGUCUCACAUCUCCAGACCGGCGUCCGUCUCACCCUCGGACGCAGCCACGCCGCCGAGGACAGGGGCGUCCCGGCUGCUUCCACGUGACCCAGAGAGCAGCGCGGUCAAGGUCAAAAUGGCCGCCUUCACCUCCGGCUUGUCCCGCCUCCCGAAGCCAAAGAGCCACUGAGCCGUCGGUCUGUUGAUCCGUUGAUUCCUAACACGCAGAGACGAGAUCCGACCUUUGACCUCCGGAGGGAAACACAACUUCCUGUCUCCCUAGAUUCUGAGGUUUAAAAACAUACACGUAACUUAUUUAUUGUUAAUAUUUUGAGCACUGUGACUGAGAAUAAAGGUUUACACACUUUAUUUUACAGGUCCCAUAAUGAUUUCCAUUUUAACUGUAAAUUAAUACAAGAUGAUGAAGACGGCGUUCAACGGAGGCGUCAUGGAGAAAAAAAUAUAAUUAAUAAUCAAUCACCUUCUUUUGUCUCUUAAACACAAAGUUGUUUUAUCUCCAUAAAAGUCUUUUUCGUUGUCUUCAAACUAAUUCUGCCACGUAAUA